AUGCAGGGGGUAGGCUGCUGGUGUUUAAGGUGGGGGCUUCCCAAUAAACCACUGACAUUCAUGUUUGGCCUGUCUUGCUCCAGAAGCCUCUCUCAGGAUACUGUAGCUCCUCACCUUUCCUCUGCAUCAUCCCACAGCCCCCUCCACAUUCUCCACAAUCCUCUGCAGAAAGACAGGGAAACUGAGGCCAGGAGAGGCUUAGAGAGUCAGAGAGGCGGGGUUGAGAGGUCAGAGAGACCAAAUGUAGGAACAGAGCUGGAGGUCAGGAGGGGGCAGUGGGAGCAGAGAAGGUCCUCACCAAGCGGCCUGCCUUCUCACCCCUCUGUCCUCAGCUAUGUCAAGUCCUUGCCACUUGAGGAGGGCCUGGCACCAGAGUCAGGGUGUGCUUAG